GAGAGAGAGAGAGAGAGAGAGAGAGAGAGAGCGAGAGAGUGACAUGAGGAGGCGUGAGCAUCACCUUGUCUCCGCAACAACGCCAGAGUCCACAUUUUGCGGACAAACACAUAGGAUUGUGGGACUGAACCUGGGACUACUGUAGUGUUGGUCUAACUACUACUGCUAUUAGUAGUGUUUCUGUAGCAGUUCAUUGAUAUAAAUUCAUGUGAUUAUGUACAAUAGUAGAAGACCAUUGGAGAAGGCUACGGUGAAGAACUGCCCCUGGAUCGCCUUGUAGACUGAAGCCUGCAGAGGGUUUGUGGGGGACUGACUGCGCUGUACACUACAGCUGGGCUGGACUGCACUUCCGGGAGGACAGUAACUGGACACACCACCGGACCGAACGCAGGACCCUGGGACACAGGGACACAGGGACACAGGCGAGAAGAGAGUGGGAUCGUGAGGAGAACAGGAGUCCACACGGAGGGAGAGAUAGAUGCAGAGAGAGAGAGAGAGAGAGAGAGAGAGAGAGAGAGAGAGAGAGAGAGAGAGAGAGAGGGAGAGACACACAGAGAGAUGAGAGCAGACCUCAGCGGGACGUGAGUGAGUGACCUUCUCCCUGUGAACUCUAUGUGGAUUGUCCUCUGAAAUGCGUGUGAUCCAAACACACUCAUAAACAACAGACAACCUCAACAAGUGCGUCCUCCAUCUCUGCUUGAGGCGGCUGCUCCACUGAUAACUCCUUCAGGGUGCUCCUCACGGGAGCGCCUGCACCUCAUAACCCAGGAGUCAAGAGGAGCAACUCCACAGACACUCACUGAAGCGACUCCAUCCACUUCGGUCUGAUUCUCCCCCCUCGGAGGUCUUUGCCUUGGGUGUCAGCAGCACACAGCCCACUGCACACACUGCACACACUGAUUGGUCUUAUUGAUGUGUGCUCAGAAGCUCACCACCAUUUUGGAUGUGACCAUGAGGACUGGGGCAGGCGGUGCAGACAGAGAGGUUCUCCCCAUGUGACCUCCACUCCCGGGAGCCGGAGGGAAACGCCAGGAAGGCCAACAGAGCAAUUUAAGACUGAAGCUCAGACAGAGAGAGAGGGCGCUGACCCAGAGUGAGGCUGGUAGUGGAGCUAAUCAGCCCAUCAGGCGCUCCAGCACAGACAGGAGCCGCAGGUCCCAGGCCAGGAUACGCCCUGGUGUGGGGGAGGUCCCAGCCUGAGUGCGAGUGAGUGGGGCCUCAGAGAGAGGAAGAGGGGUGGCAGUGGCCCCCGGAGGAGCCCCACCAUGAUGGAGAAGCUGGAGCCCGCUGCUGCUGCCGUCCGCUCCCCCAGCCCCCAGCCCUGCUCCAUGCUGCUCUCAGCCCUCUCUCCUCCUCCUGCCCUGCGGGGGACGCAUCGCCUGCCCAGUACCCCCAGCAGCAGCAGCAGCAGCAGCAGCAGCAGCAGCAGCAGUGGUGCCGGUAGCCCACUGGUGACAAAUGGAGGAGGGAGCCAGGGGGACACGCAAGACGGGCGCGCCGACACCGAAUCCGCACCUGAGCCCGUUGCCAUGGCAACGGAUGCCAAGGAAGAGGAGGAGGAGGAAGAGCAGGUCAGGAAGAAGGAGGAUGGGGACUCCCAGCCCGAUGCCACGGAGUCGACGUUGACACCUCCUCCUCCUCCUCCUCCUCCUCCUCCUCCACCACCACCCAGCCUGGUGCCUUUCGUUGCUGAGCCACAAGUGACCACAACCUCCCCUCACACACUGACUCCUUCCACCCCCACCUCCACCUCCACCUCCACCUCCUCACCUUGCCCAUCCACUUCUUCCUUGGCGCCAGCCUCUCUCCCCCUACCCCCCAACAUCCCCGUCAUCAGCCUGGGCCACAGUAAGCCCCCUCUCCCCUCCCUCCGCCUGCCGCCCCCACAGCUGACCACCCUCCACCCCAUCCCCACCCUGCCUCACGGACCCCCAGACGGACGCCUCACCCAGCUCACCGCCAUGCCCGGGGGCAACGCAGCCGGCAACAUGCCCCCGUCGGGACCCAUGCUGCCUGGAGGAUACCACAUCCUCAACAGUUCAUUCCUGGGUCCGCCUGGCAGUUAUGGUAUCUUUGGGAAUAAUCGCAUCAAGAGAAGACCAUCCUCACAUUUUGAAAUGGAGCUCCCUGAAACGGGGCCUCCACAGAAGCUGGCCCGGCGGGUGUUCACCAACAGCCGGGAGCGCUGGCGUCAGCAGAACGUGAACGGCGCCUUCUCGGAGCUGCGCAAGCUCAUCCCCACGCACCCGCCCGACAAGAAGCUGAGCAAGAACGAGAUCCUGCGCCUGGCCAUGAAGUACAUCAACUUCCUGGUCAAGCUGCUCACGACCAGGCCAGCGACAGGCCAAUGCGGCAGCCGGGGGAGAGACAACGCGGACGCCGGGAUGGCCUCGGCGCGUCGCCCGGCUCCAGCUGCUGCGGCGGCGGCGACACGGACAGUGAGGAGAGCCUGGGGCCCAGGGAGCUCGGGGGUGAAGGGCGGGGGCAUGAUGGAGAAGGUGAAGGAGCAGAUCCGGACGGUGGCCAUCUCUAGCCAUCAGCGGUGA